GUCUGUUGAACGCACGACUGUGGGUAACGACGUGAUGACGUAAGACGUGUGAACAACAAACAGUUGCUGGACUUCAACAAGCUAGUGAAUGGUAACGCUUGACAAAAACAGGUCUAACGUACUUCUCCCGGAUAGGGAGAUACCUACGAGACCUGUACGGUCGGAAUAUCUUUAUAAUUAAGACUAUUAGUAGCGGCAGGUAGCUUCGGCACGGCUCCUUAGCGCUAACGUUAGCCACCGAAACAUGCUCAUUUCUCGGAGUGUGACGCCUGUAUUUUUUCUGGCUGCCGCUGGUCGAGGGUUGUGAUGCGAGCCGAGUCGCAGCACGACAGAGGGUGAGACAAGCGCUACAGCCGGAAAAUAUUUUUCUUGACACAAAAGAAUGGACUUUGUCGGGGAGAAACACACGGGCUCACAUAAAGAAGCAGACAUGCGACCGUACACGGGCCUGGACGUCAUUGUUGGGCAACGACUUUAGCAAACUAGCUAACAUUAGCUCGCUUAAAUUCAUGCAAAUGAAUCGGUUUGGUGUCGGGCAGUAAGCUGACUUUGCUAGCGUAAUGGAGGCACCCUGAGUGACUUGUUCAUUUCAAUUGACUGUCCUGGUGCUCUUAAAUACUGUUGGCAAUGUGCUGACGACCAGUGAGUCUUUCGUCGGUUCCCAUUUGGAGCAAUAGGACACGGUUGGCAGAAAUUAUUAAGUGGUGGUUGCCUGCCUGUGUGAUAGUUGAGCAAAGUUGCCUAGUUUGGCAUAUAAACAAUUACUGAAACAGUAUCUAUUUCACACAGGCAUCACAUAUUUCUUGUAUUGAUAUUUGUAUGAAAUUGCACUUUAAUUAGCUCAUUUUUAAGGAUGCGCCAAAGUCACCUGUGAUUUGAGGUUUGUGAAAACUAUAAUUAACUCACCCCUAGUACAACAAACAAGUCAGAAUACAUUUUCUGAUUGCACUUGAAUAUAAUUUGGUAAAAUAAAGGUCCAGGAUAGGUGCACAUCUACGUAUAUCGUUGUGAGACAAAGGCCAGAGACAGGCUUAUCCAUGUCAUUUGGUUCCUAGUUACUGUUUAACUCUAGGCUGUCUGGCACAGUUAAAGACUGAGUUUCACUGGAAAUGAAAACAUGAAUAUCGAAGAGCAGUGUCUAGAUUUGUGCAAUGUCAAAACAAAAAGCAAUGUAGACGAUGAUCGCAACACUACCAACAACACAGAAGGGGUCACCCCCAGGAUCUCUGAACUGAUGACGGACAGUAACACAGAAAAACAAAACAUUGUUCCCACUGAAGCCUCCGAAACAUACCUGAUGCCUCAGCUAACUGAAAAUCUUCAGGCAGCCGAGGAGGAUAACCACCAGGCACAAGACACACUGGAAAUUGAUGAGGUCAAUGGAAAUAGAAAGUGCAGUGUCCAAGACACCCCUGCAGUAGUGACUCCCACUGACUUGAUCUUCUCUAAUGAUGAGCAGCACAAGGACAAUAUUGGGGUGGAGGAAAUGAAGGAACUUAAGCAUGUAAAGUGUGUUGUGGAAGAAGAGGAUGAUGGUGGGGACAUGGACAUAGGUGUGGAUCUGAGUCUCGAUGAGAGUGGGGUGUUGGAGGCUGAAUCGAUAAACAUCAGACCAUUCUCAGACAAUACUUUAGCCUCAGAGUCCACAUCUCAGGAUGUCCCAGCUGGCAACACGGCAGAUAGCCCGUCAGAUGUAAGCCAGAUAAGCAGCACAGAAGCUUCUGCCACAGACCAGGCUGGACUGUACCCCUCGGUGGAGGAGGGGGACGAGAAACACAAACCAAGUGGCAAAAAGGUGACGUUUCCCUCAGAUGAGGAUAUUGUCUCUGGAGCAGUGGAGCCCAAGGACCCCUGGAGACAUGCUCAGAAUGUGACGGUGGAGGAGAUCAUCUCUUCCUACAAACAGGCCUGUCAGAAACUCAACUGUAAACCCAUACCCAAAGUGCUCAAACAGAUACAGGAACUGAAAGACCUGACACAGCGAAAUGAAUGCUUAGAUCUAAAAGGUGAGAAGCUGGACUACAAAGCAUGCGAGUCUCUGGAAGAGAUUUUGAAGAGGGUCCAGUUUAAAGUGAUAGACCUGGAGCAGACCAACCUGGAUGAAGAUGGUGCAUCAGCUCUGUUUGACAUGAUUGAGUACUAUGAGUCGGCCACACAUCUCAACAUCUCCUUCAACAAGCACAUCGGCACGCGGGGAUGGCAGGCCGCAGCUCACAUGUUGAAAAAGACGAGCUCUUUGCAGUACCUCGAUGCACGUAACACUCCCCUGCUGGACCAUUCGGCUCCCUUUGUAGCACGAGCGCUCAGGAUCAGUGGCAGCCUGGCAAUCCUCCACCUGGAGAACGCUGGCCUGUCUGGCAGACCGCUCAUGUUAUUGGCUACGGCUCUGAAGAUGAAUAUGAACCUGCGGGAGUUGUACCUGGCAGAUAACAAACUCAAUGGCCUGCAGGACUCGGCCCAACUUGGCAACUUGCUCAAGUUCAACUACAACAUUCAGAUCCUGGACCUGCGCAACAACCACAUCCUAGACUCUGGUCUGGCCUACGUGUGUGAAGGACUAAAAGAGCAGAGGAAAGGCCUUGUCACUCUGGUGCUAUGGAACAACCAGCUCACACACAAUGGCAUGGGCUACCUCGCUGCUGCACUGCCAUGCACCCAGAGUCUGGAGACUCUGAACCUCGGCCAUAACUCGGUGGGUAACGAAGGGGUCCACAAGCUGAAAGACGGACUGAUUGGCAACCGCUCUGUGCUCAGACUGGGCCUCGCUUCUACCAAACUGUCCUGCGAAGGAGCUGUGGCUGUAGCUGAAUUCAUCGCUGAGAGCCCCAGACUGCUGCGUCUCGACCUUCGAGAGAAUGAGAUCAAGACCGGUGGACUGAUGGCUCUGUCGCUUGCCCUGAAAGUCAACACCUCUCUGCUGCGUCUCGACCUUGACCGGGAGCCCAAGAAAGAAACUGUGAAGAGCUUCAUUGAGACCCAGCGUGCCCUGCUGGCUGAAAUCCAGAAUGGCUGCAAGAGGAACUUCAUCCUUGCUAAGGAAAAGGAGGAAACAGAUGAGAAGAUGAGGCAGUCGGCAUCCAUGGCUGAAAUCGCCACAGAGGACGGGACCAGAGAAGAAGAAGAGGAGGAACCAGCAACAGAGGAGAAAGGGAACAAAGGCAGCAAAGAGGAAGUGGAAGAAGGUGAAACAAAAGGAAAUGAAGGACAGACAAGCAGCCAGUCAGGAGCGAGCUCUGAGACGAGCGUUCCUCAAAUGAUCCUGGAGUCGGACUCAGACACUGAGGAUGAAGAAGAGGAGGUGGUAACGAAGUCCUCUUCCACGUCAAACUCCUCCACUCGCUUAAACCAGACUGCUCCUCAAACCCAGACAGGGGUUGCAGAGCCCCUCCUCAGUGCCUCACGUACGUCGUCCUCCCCGUCUGCCUCACCUGCUGGCUGUCCGAGUGUCAUUUCCGGCAUCACCGUCACAGAAGCCACAGCUCCUCCCGGCACCCCUCCAUCUCCUGGUCGCUGUAUAUCUGUUUCUAGUCCAGGGAGGGGUCAUAAGAUCUUCAUGGUAACUCGGGUGGAGAGCCCUCCUGAGCAGCAGCAGCUACAUCUCCAGAUAAACGCACCCGCAGCUCCCAGCCAGGCUAAAGAGGCUUCAAAGAAGCAUGUAGACAUGAACACACCCACAACACAGCAGACGCAGCCGCCACCCUCAUCACCAACACCUACACAAACACUGCAGGAGGACAUGAAGGAGAGCUCACCUGCUGCAUCAACAGACUGUAAACUGACAGAGCAGAGUCCUGUAGCACACGUCAAGUCCGCACCAAAUAUUACUCAGACCCACGCAGUAGAGCCACAGUCUACAAGUCACUCCACAGAAGAUGUGACAGCUAGCACUUUAGACCCAGAAGUGACAGAUCCAAGUCAACAAGCAUCAAGCCUGCCUUCAGAUUCCUCAUCAGUGCAGGCUGUAGCAUUUCAGCUCACUGGGGAGGUAAAGGAUAGCACUGAAAGCCCACAACAUGAGCCAACUUGUGUAGAAGGAGAGGAGGAGGACGGUCUUAUAGAAGAUGAGGGACAGGUGAUGUCCCUUGAUAGCACAGAAGGAGAGUGUACACAGUUAGACAAACUGAGUCAAACCAAUACUAGUAUCCCUGCAGCAGAAACGCAGCAGAAGCCGUUAACAUCUGAUCUUAAACUGGUGCAGAAUGACCUAGCAUCUGCGUCUGGGGAGACCCAGUCACUGAACCAAACAGAGGAAGAAGAGGAGGAGUCACUUCCACCACAGGAGAAGCAGGACGCACCGGCCGACUUGUCAGAAAAUGAAAAGCCCAGUUUAACAGAGAAAUAUUACAGCCAGCAAAGCCAAGAGGAACCACGUCCAAAGCAGCAAACAGAGGUGGAUGAACAGGAAGUAGAGGUAGGGUCUGACUCCCCAGUCGAAGUGGAGGAUUCACCAGAUGACAGCUCUGCAGACGAGGACGAGUGUUUUGCAGAGACUCCGCAGGAGGCGGUAGUCGGUUCAGCUCUGCCCAACGGCCUGAAGCCCGAGUUCUCCCUCCAUCUUCUCGACGCUGAAAGUCCCAAGCCUGGCAGCUGUGUGAUGGAGCAUGUGAGUGUCAGCUGUGGACAAGACCUGGAGGAGCUGCUGCUAGAAGCCAGUUUGGAGACGGGGAGAGAAGCACCAUGAGGCUAGACUGUGAGGACGGGAGAAAACAGCACUCAGAUAGUUUGUCUGACUCUACUACAUGACUGGUUAUCCUACAAGGUUUUUGUCAUUUCUUUGAAUUUACCACCAACACGACCUUUUCCAUAAUGGACAGAAGACCCGGUGUUACAGUUGAAGCUCUAUACAAGAAAAUACAAGAAAAUUAUGGAAAGCCACAAAAAGGACAAAAUCUACUUCUCAAGCUUGACUGUGAUAAAUAAGAAAUGCUCUACAUCCACACUACAUCAACCACUGAAUCACACAUACAUAUGCACAUUGAGUAUGAGGAAGAAGGGGGGAAAUGAGAAAUAAAAUCACCCUGUUAUCACUAUAUUUUGUCAAUCUGAAAUCUAUAAACAAGCAGCCGCCUGCGAGUGAGAAAGAAGAGAGACAAGGGUCGAAGGAGGGAGGAUAAAACACUAACCAAAGAAAGAACACAGACCUUUCUCACAGCCCUACUUUCUCCCUUGUGUAGAUUUCCACUGUAGUUUGGGAAAUAACUAAUAAUUCAUGUUUUUUGUCACAACACACACACACAGACAUAACGGUGAUAACGAGAAAAGUGCGGUUGAUGGCACAGUUGGAAGACAAAAUAACGGUGACGGACCGUGCUGAGAGGACCUACUGGCUUUAAACACUUGUUCUAGAGUUGGAAGUAGGUCACUGUCAAAGGCUUUUAUAUCCAAGGAAGCUGAAGAUGAUUACGCAUCUGUUUAAAUGUCAUCGUUUUAUGUCCUUGUCCUUACUCCCCACCAUUCUCCCCCUUUGGAAACAAAAAACUCUAAGGGACCUCUGCCAAAGUGACCUCCCCUUGUCUGUUUUCUCAUCCUCUGCUCACUUUGGCUCCUCAGGAAUCAGCGUCCCCCCUCCAGUCGGUCUCCUCAGAUCUGAUGUGGAGUAGCUGCAACUGUCUCUCCCGCCUGCCUCCGAUACAACAAAAAAAAAAAAAAAAAAACGCUUUUUGAAAGUCACAAAGUCGGAAAUUUGCUCCCACCUGAAAAACCCAGAACUUACACAACAUGUUGGAAAGCAAGAUGUCUACUUUUGGUUGAGUUAUUUACAGUAAAAAAAAAUCUUUUUUCCAUGACACUGUUAUUGCUUUGUUCGACCGUUCAUUGUUGUGUUAAACUCUUUCAAGAAAAGCAGCUCGGUCUCUGUUGUCAUCUCCCCUCUCCUUCCUCCCGUCCCUCAGUCUUCCUCUGGUACUUUGUGUCAUGUCACCUCUCCAGCUCAUCAUUCAUGUUGCCUUCAAACUCACCACUUCAGAUUCAGUCUUUGUGUUUUUUUGUUUGACUGCUUUGAGAAAUCAGUUAUUUUGUAUUUAUUUUAUAGCUAUAUGAGCCUUUUCUGAUUUAUUUUCCCCCCUUUUUCUUCUUCACCCGCCUUCUCAUUUUAUCUUUUCUUUUCCAUUAGGGGGUUGCUUUUAAAGAUUAACCCCAUUUUUUGAUGUAUAUUUCAUAUUCAAACUAGAGCAAAUAUUUAGUUUUGUUUUUUGGGGGGAAAGGGUAAUCUGUGUUGGAAGGAAAGGUAAAUAUGACUAUGGUAGCAGUCAGGGUGCAGUAAUGAAAGCAAACACAAGGAAGCAGCAAACAAUAGUUCUCAUAUAAUGUCCUUGUUGUUGUUUUAACACUACUCUACUGGGUAAAGGGUGAAGCUGUGGCCACAAGGGGGGGCAGGUGGUUAUGUUUUCCUACUGUGGAGACAGAGCCAAAGGAUAUCUCACAACAGCAUCAUAUACGACACGCUGCAGGCACUGAUGUCUCAGUUCAAAUCCAACCCCUGUCCUGAAUUUUCCAGAGCAAGGCAGUAAAACUUGACAUGAAAUGUCAACUUCAUGUAUGUUCGUGAAGAGAGCUGGUUUACCCUGCUUUGAAAUUUCCCCUGAAGCAGACGCAGGCAGGUAUGUUGUUAGUUUUUUUUCUUUUCUUCUUAAAGGAGCAACAUUCAACCCUCCUGCUCCUCCCCACCCAACAGAUAGUUUGCCCCCACUGUUUGUUAUGCUUUAAUUUUUAGAAAUUUUUAAUAAUUUGUUAACUUAAUUGAAAUGUGCUGGUAAUCACAAAGAUAUGUAUGGCGAAAUUUGUUCCUCUCAAAUAAAUGCAUGUAAUGACUAAUAUGACUGAAUGUUUCAAUGAAAUUGUGCAGUUUGGGACUUGAAACUCUGCAGAUGAAUGCAUAAAUAACAGGAAGAAUUGUGUUCAGAUCAAGUUUGGUUGGGAUUUUUGGAUACAGCUGGUGACUGUUUUUCAAAUGUGUGAUCUUUGAAACCUCUGAAAUGUUUGAAUUGAUCACAGACCAGUUUUGCAGAGAAUAGAAUCAAUAUCACUUCUAAAAAAACAGUACUGAUUAAUGAGUACAAUAUUAAAAAGUACAGUCCCUAUAAAAGUAUGUUUUUUAUUUUCAAUUUCUGUUGUACCAAAAAACUAUUACAUGUGCUGCGAUUCAAGUCCAAUGAGAUUUGAAUACUUUUUACAGCCACUGUCUUUGUGUGAUAGAGGGGCUAUGAGUCGAAAGUGUUUAAUGUUUUGUUCUAGUUAGACAUCAGGCAGGUAGUUUGUGUUUGGCACUAACCAACGGCCCCUCACAGGGACCUAAAACCGACGCCUGACACUGGUUUCCACAUGGGAAUAAAAAGGCAGACAAAUUAUGUUUCUGAAGCCCAAAAUGUAAUUUUUCGAACAUUCCUCUGUUUGUUUUGGUUUCUUGUGAUUAUUUUAGGUGUUUCAGGCCUUUUGGACAUCAUACAAAUAUAACUAAGACCAAGAGUCUACAGCCAUGCUAGCAGCUCGGUGAGGCUGUACUUAUACCGAGUUCGUUUCAUAUGGGAUGGAUGGUAGAGAUGGGAAAGAUGCCCAUGUUGACGACUUGCGAGCUUUCACGUCAUCAACACGGUUGUAUGAUUACAGAGUUGGUUGUAUGACGAUUAAAAUAUUGUGCAUUGACAAUGUAACAUCAUAUCCAUUAAAUUUGACUUUAAUUACAUUGAA